UUGAGGUACCUAGGUACAUUCCCUAGGCAUACUCAGCCUUUGUCAAGAAUCAGGCUGGCAACUUGUCAACUUUUACUUCUUACUACUAACUGUUUCUAUCGCCAAAUUUACCGGCGAAGAACUACGGAAUCUCUUCAUGAAGUCGUCUGUUGAAAAUGAGUUUAAGGUCGAUUCUAGGGGGCUCCAGCCGGGUUAGGAAACCCUCUAACAAGUCCGGCGCAAAACACCCCUCCUCAUCGUCUUCCUCCCCAUCAUCCCCAUGGCCAGCUUCUCUGCCUCGUCGCAAACCGGGCAUCCAGCGCAACAAACCUUCAAAGGGUGAUGAAGAUGACGACCUAUUUGACGAUAAACUUGACGAUUAUGGCCUCGUCAGGGCUUUAGCGACCGACAUGAACCUACGCGAUACAUCGCAAGCCCUUCUCUACGUAUGCAGCCACAUGUUCUCUCCGAUACCCGAGCGAGCGGCCGGUAUGAAUUCGACUAGAAUCGCGGAAGUUCUAAAUUAUCGGAAGAAUCUUCCUCCUAUCGUAACUAUAUCGCAUAUACAAACUCUAUUGUCGUCCCCGAGCGCAGUAGAACGAGAGAUCGCCGAACUCGCACGUGCUGGUUUUAUCCGCAAAGUGGUCGUUCCUCGACGGGGAGACAUAGGAGAAACUAUGAUACUCGCCUCGGACUUCGAAAAACUACUUGAAGAUUCUACAGGUGUAAGCAAAGAGGCGAAGGAUAGUCUGGCUACGUUUCUGAAAGAGAACCCCGGAGUUCAGGCAAUCGAACCGAACUCUCUACGAGCUUCGGAAAUCGAUCAGCUUAUCAGAGUCGGGUUUCUAACGGCUCAUCGUAAUGGCGAAAUCCACUAUGGCACUACGUCGAACACUACGAACUUACAUUCGCGACCGGAAGACAAGUUAACACUCACAUCCCUCGAGAACGUAUCAAGACAACCAACCGGUACAUUGGGCGCCGUGGGAGGCGAAGGUGUAAUACACGAACUUGGCGGAAGCAGAAGCUUGCUCAGCGCAUCCCGAUUUGACACCAACUCUACGGAACUGAAGCUUGCGGUACCUGGAAACGGUCCGUUCUUAAAGCUUCUCUCUUCCGCAUUGGAACAUCUUGUCUCAUUGCUAGGCAAGUCGCGAUAUCGCGAAGCACCGGAAGCGGUACUUCGUGAUUGGUGGGAUGGAGGUAUAGCAAAAGAAGAAGCCCGCUACGCCGCGAAACGCUCGCGCGGAGAGUUUGCGGGUAUCUUACCUGGGCAGACCAAGAAGUGGAGGCAGUUCUACGGCCUUUCGUUUGACUGGGCCUUGCAGGAAGCUGUCGGAUCUGGUCUCGUCGAAGUCUUCGAAACUCGAAGUGUUGGCCGUGGGAUUCGUGCUCUAUGAAUAUGUUUCGUGACUAUCUUGCUUGCAUAUGAAACUACAAAGAGCCCUCGCCGCUUAAGUGCUUGAAUAUGAAACGCAAGAUAUCGGGUUUAUAGCUGGAUAUGUAUGCCAUGCAUUGCGGGGUAGUUUUGUCGCUAUACACGCAAUGAUGAAGCAAGG